AUGGCUUACUUCCCUCGAUUUGCCGGUGACUUCGCACCCUUGUUCCAACUUCUGGACGAUUAUGAUGUCCACCGGUCUAGCCGCCCCAAGAACAGGAAGGCCACACCCGUCCGCUCAUUCACACCAAAAUUUGACGUCUAUGAGGUGAACGACGUAUAUCACUUGGAAGGCGAACUUCCUGGGGCCGAGCCGAGCAACAUCGAAAUCGAAUUCUCUGAUCCACACACCCUGGUCAUCAAAGGUCGCGUGGAGAAGAAUGAAGUGGGCACCCCUCAGACAGCGGGUCAAACAUCGCCGACAAAGUCACACCAGCCGACAGUUGAGGAUGACGAUGAAGACGAAGACAACAAAUCAACCAAGUCCUCGGAUAGCCACCCCACGCAGCUGGUCUCACAGAAACAAACCGAGCCAACCUCCAAGUACUGGGUUUCCGAACGCCAGACUGGCGAAUUCUACCGCACAUUCACCUUCCCGACGAGAGUGCAUCAAGAUGCAGUCAAGGCCAACCUGACGAAUGGAAUCUUGUCGCUACAGAUCCCGAAGGAGCCUGCCCCUCAGGUCAAGAAGAUCCGCCUCGAGUAA